AGUAGCACAGCUAUUUACUCGGUUUCAUAUUCAUGGUGGAAAUGUAAAGUUGAAGGCUGAAGCUUGAAACAGGAAGAAGGGAAACCAAAGAAAAGGGCUGAGAUUUUGAAUUUCUAUUCAAAGAAUAUGCCUUUGAGUCGGUACCAAAUAAAGAAUGAAUAUGGUUUGGCCGAUCCAGAGCUUUAUAGAGCAGCUGAUAAAGAUGAUCCUGAAGCUUUACUUGAAGGUGUUGCCAUGGCUGGCCUCGUCGGUCUUUUGCGUCAGCUUGGCGACUUAGCAGAGUUUGCUGCAGAAAUAUUUCACAACUUACAUGAAGAAGUUAUGGCUACUGCUGCCAGAGGUCAUGGUCUAUUGGUUCGUGUUCAACAGCUUGAAGCUGAAUUUCCUUCUAUUGAGACGACAUUAUUAUCCCAGACCAGCCAUUCGUCUCUCCUUAAUAAUUCAGGUACUGAGUGGCAUCCUAAUCUUCGGAUGGAGCAGAAUCUGAUAACACAAGGAGAUUUUCCGCGGUUUGUUAUGGACUCUUAUGAAGAAUGCCGUGGUCCUCCAAGAUUAUUCAUUCUAGACAAGUUUGAUGUUGCGGGUGCUGGUGCAUGUUUGAAACGUUACACUGAUCCAUCUUAUUUUAAGGUUGAUGGACUGGAAAAUCCUGAAAGUCACAGGGAAAAGAAAAGGAAAGCUAAGAAGAAAGGAUCACAUUUGCAGAAUGGAGAUAAUACCCCCCAGGCCCUGCAAAAAGUGCACACUACUAGAUUGCAUGACUUGCUUCACAAAGAGACUGUUGAAAAUAGUAUUAAUGGUCCUGCAUUUCGUGUAAAAUUGAAGAGAAGACUGAAUGAAAAUAAACUGGAGCAGAGUUAUAUGGAGAAAUUCUUGAAAAUAAACUCAUCAGAGCUUGACGUGGUUCCCAAAAUAUCUGUUAGUUCCGCACCUCUGUUGCCUUGUAAUGGAAGUCCUAGAGAAGAGCUAUCGCCAAAAAGAAGUUCAUAUUCAUCUUCUUCAGAUAUAGACGACUCUCUAGCAAAACCACCAAUUGAUCAGUUGACUGAGGAAGCUAAAUAUGAACUCUCAGGGGUAAAAAGGCAAUUCAGUUCUGAAACGUAUGAGACUUUCUCCCCUCUUCACAUUGACGAUGAUGAAAAGGAAAUUGAAGUUGACAGAGAAAGAAAAAUGGAAAGCGAUUACCAGUCAGAUGACAUUGCCAGUGAUGUAGACAAUUACAUGGAUGCCCUUGCUACAAUUGAUUCUGACAAUGAAGCAGACAUGCAAUGCAGAUCCAAGAACAAUAUUCAUUCCAGUAAGCAGCAACCCGAUAUUGACGCAAGUGAGGCUGACUUACCAGAUUCUCAACCGAUUGAAAGUUUCAUUUUAACAGAUAACGAGAGUAUUUCUUCCAGUGGAGAGCUAUCCGAACUCUCUUAUACUGAUAAUAGCAAUCUGACAAAGGCUGUACUGUCUGACGAUAGUGUUUCAGCUGAAGAUGACCAUUUGUUAUCUGAACAGCCUUUAAUUGACAAUAAUAAUACAACACAUCAUCUGGAAAAUGUUUGCAAUGAUGUAUACGUAGUUGAAGCUGACACCUCGACCUACAGUUGUGGAAUUGGGGAUGAACAGUCUAGUUCAUGUCAUACAGAUACACAUCCUGUAUCUUUAUCUUUAGAUCUGCAAGGAAGUUUAAAAGAAGAUGCAUCUGAGAAUACGGAAUCCAAUGAAGAAGGUCAUACUAAUAAUGAAAAUAGAGAAUACCCUUCUGAUGACUUACUUCAUGCAUCCAAGAUCUCUGAUAUUCCUUCAGAUGCUGUUCAAACACUUCUCUCUGUGUCCUCUGCUGAAAACCACCUAGACUAUCAAGAUCAAGAUGAUACUUCGCUUGUUCUUAGAAAAUUAUUAGAGAGUGAAAACAAUGAAGAUGUAGAUUUCACAGAAAAUGCUACUGAAGGAGAACCACACACUUCUGAUACCGAAACUGUGGUCUUCAAGGCUCCAGAUUUUGUGGAGACUAUUGCAGAAGAACCUGUUUUGUAUCCUUUUGAUCAUCAUAUAGAUCCAUCUGAUUUGACUGUUUUCCACGUUGACGAGCAGCCUGAAUCGUUUGUUGCACUCGGAGAAAAGCAGCCUGAAUUUUCUGUAUUGCUUGAAGAAGAAGAACAUCAUGGAUGGGUUGUUUCACACUCAGAGGAGCCUCAAAUGACCGUAUUGCUUGAAGAAGAAGAUCAUGAAUGGGCUGUUUCACGCUCAGAGGAGCCUCAAAUGACCGUUUCACAUGAGCAGGAUCAGUUUUCUGUAUUACAUGCAGACGAGCAGUCUCAUUUGAUUCUCUUACACACAGAAGAACAUAAUCAAUUGGUUGUUUCACACAAAGAAGAGCAUACCUCAUUGGUUGUGUCAGAUAUAGAAAUGCAGUUAGCUGAAGAAUCAACAUCGUCAAGGGAAGAAGAUUACCCUCAAUUAUUACCAUCACUUGCAGCAGAAAAGCCUCAAUCUACAUUAGCAUAUAAAGAAGAGCAGCUUCAGUUGAUAACAUCACACACCGAAGAGAGACCUCUAUCAAUGGCUUCAUGUGCGGAAUUGCAGUCACAGUCAUUGGCCCUUACAGAUCCUUGCAGUGUGGUUUUAAGAGAGCAUGAUGCCAUAGUCAUACCAGAAGUGGUAUUUAGCUGCAAAUAUAGUCCAUCAAUCCAUUGUCUCACCAAUGACUCUAUGGAACAGACUUUCUCAGAAAGUCCAAAAGUCAUUUCUCCAGUUGAACUUCAACUACCAAGCAUGGAUAAUCUAAAGGGUCAUGUCAGUGAAGCAGAUUACGGAGAAAAUGAUUUCUUUGUCGAUAGGACAGCUUCUGUCCCACACGAGUUCCACUCAGAUACUCUAAAUUCGAAAGAGGUUUCCAAAGAAUAUGUUCCUCUUUCUGUUGAAGGUACAGAAACAAAGCAGUCAAAAGCAACAAUGGAGGUUUCUGCUAUCAAUGAUAUUUAUUUAAGUGAAGAUUCAGAUUUGCCAGUGGUAGAAGAGUCGAAUUCAAUAACUGGACCCCUACAUCCUCAUAUAGAGAUAGAACAUUCUCUAGGACCUAUUGAAAAGGCUUUGCUGCUUGAAGAGAUGGGUCAACAGACAGGGGCCGGAACUUGCUUGGAGACAGGUUUAUGCAAUGCAGACACGAAUAUGGAAUAUAAUCCUGGAAUGCCCUUGGAUAUUCAUGAAAUCAUGAAAAGAUCAGAACUAACCACCUCAGAAAUAAGUGUGCUGGAUUCAGAUACACUAUCAGCAUGCAAUUCACAGAUUGAAGCUCCUAUUGAACACAGGGUCCUGCAGAUAGUUGAACAAUUCGAAAAGGAACUGAAAUCUGCAGAAAAAGUAAGCCCAAAGGCAUAUUUACGCGAAAAACAAUCAACUACUACAGAUUUCUUGUAUCUCGAGGAACAACCAAGUGGUUCUCCCAAGUUUGCUGAAGUUCCCAUGUCAGAGUUCUCAAAGCCAACUCACGUUGGCUAUGUAGAUUCUCCAAUGUCAACUUUUCCGGUUAAAACAAUAGAAUCUCCAAAUUUGUUGGAUCAAGAGGAUCAUUCCAUUGUUUCAGGGCCAAAUGCGCCCUUACCUCCAAGUAAUGCACAUGAGGAAGUCAUGGUUCCACCAAUUGCAAUUUUUCCAAGAUUUGAUCUUCCUGGUCCAUCGAGAAACAUGUUUGAUGAAAUGCCUCCCUUACCACCUCUACCUCCGGUUCAGUGGCGAAUACCAAAGAUUCUUCAACAUGCUCCUGAAGGUCCAGAGAGAAACUUGGGGCAGUUCGAUGUUAAUCCGCUGACAAUGUCACAAUCAGAGUUGGACCAUGAAAUAAGAGAGGGAGAGAGUACAAGAAUGCAAUUCUCAACUUUCUCAGCUAUAAAAGAGGAGGUUUCUAAUCAUGAGUGCAAUUUGUCCCCAGUAUCAACUGUUGUUAGUAACGAAAAGCCUGAAGAUUUUCACAUUCCAAAUGGGGCUCAAUCUUCAAUGGUCCCAUCAAUUACAGAUGAUGAUAGGUUACGGCUGCCUCAUAAAGAGGAAGAUAGUUCUUCAACUAAUGGUUCCAAAACAUUACAGGAGAAAUCUAUUGAUCCUUUAGAUGGCUUAGCUCCAGACACGAGCCCAGAAAAUGAGAAGUCUAUGUCUCUCAACGUAAUUAUGGAGGAGGUGAAAAAAGUGGAUCCACCUGAUACAGCUUUGGCCUCAACCGAUAUGGAUGAUGGGAAACCCCAGUCAGUUUCUUCAAAUUCAGAGGAUCACAGUAUGUUUGCUCCACAACCGGAGCCUGCUUAUGUAAAGUCAAAUGGAGGUUUCCAGAAGAAAAUUCCACGGCCUAGAAACCCUCUGAUCGAUGCUGUUGUUGCCCUUGAUAAGACCAAGCUGAGGAAAGUAACAGAAAGGGUUAGACCUCCAAGUGGAAAGAAGGUUGACGAAAGGGAUACAUUCCUCGAACAAAUAAGAACGAAAUCUUUCAACUUGAAACCUACAGCAGUGACACGACCCAGCGUUCAGGGUCCUAAAACCAAUCUAAAUGUUGCUGCUAUAUUAGAGAAAGCCAAUUCAAUUCGCCAGUCAUUGGCUGGAAGUGAUGAUGAUGACGAUGACUGGAGCGAUUCAUAGAACCAAAUGUGAGUAAUCUGUUAUUUAUUUUUCUUAUUCAAAAUAUAUUUGAUCAUUCACUGAAUUAUAUGUUCCUUGUAUAUUUUCUACGUGUAUAAAUUACCCACCUUUCUCCAUCGCUUUCCCAAGAAGGUUGGAGAGCAAAUUUGUUUCGAGUAUGUUUCGGGCUGUUGCUCAAUUCAUCUAGUAGAUAUAAGGGGUCUAUUAGUCAAUUAGCUUUGUUUGAAAUAUUUAAUGACACACUAUUCAUUUUACUAGAUAAAUUAGUGUUGUAUUUAAUAUUUUUUCUCUUAUAAAGAAAUUUCUAUAUGAUUUGGCA